UCAGUUCAGAGUACAGGUUGUUUAUGUUUUGUUUGGAAUUUGGAUACUCAAAAUAGGCUAGUUCACCUUACAUCUUAUUGAAUUAAUUCACUGUUGAUAGGCAUGAUAUGAUCAAAUUCUCGGAAACUCAAUUUUGUAUGACCUAGCUUUUUGAUUUAAGAGCUAGGAUCAAACUACAGUACCAACUUUGUGAAACAGUUAAAUGUUUUGUCGUCUACCCUUUUCUUAUGAAACAAUAAUAAAAUUUCUUUUAAUCAUUGUGUUAGGUGUGCUCCUGCUGAACAUUUAUAUUUUGUCAAUUCUCUUUGGCAGUGAAAAAGUCAAGACUAGGCCGAAAUUUUUGAAACAAAAUGAUGAAGUUUAUAUUAAAGCAGAACCCUUCAAACAAAGUAAGGGCAUCCACAAUGUCAACCAGUCACCUAAGAAAGCAGUGUUUGUUCAGAUCAACACCACAGAUUUGGCCACAAAGAAAAUCCUAGAAAAGGUGGCUGUUCUUGAGAGACAAAAUUUUGGUCAAUUCUUUCCUGCGAAAAUCAAACGCUACCAUCAAGCAGUCUUGCACGAUGUUAAAGUCACUGAGCCAUUUUCAACUGAACUCCUCAAAGAUUCUUUUAAAUGGACCAGUGGGCGCCAGCUGUUCCCGGAACCAAUGAUUCCGCCUCUGGGGCGACUGCUCAACUCGCUGUGUUCCAGCAAGGUAGAGAAAGCCGAUAACAUGGCGCAAGGAACACAGCUCAAACUGCUCCUCACCCUUGAAGGUGGCUUGAAAGCUGUGUUUAAGCCUCAAUGGUACAAAAGGACAGAGGUUAUUGCAGGGUCUGUGUACGCAGGAAAGGAUCGUCACAAUGGAGAGGUGGCUGCCUUCCACCUGUCAUGGUUACUUGGUCUACGAAGAGCUCCGCUGACUGUCGGACGUAGAAUUGAUCUGCGUCAAGAAGUCAUGCCUGUGGCAACGAAUGAACUUCUGAAAACAUUUGAUCAAGAAGACAACAACACAUGUUUCUAUGGAGUCUGCCACUACUGCGGGCCGCACGACCCUGUGUGUGCCUCGGGACAGGUGUUGGAAGGAUCCCUGAUACUGUGGCUGCCUGAGGAAUUCCCCUUGAAGAAGUUUCGCCACCCCUGGCAGAGAACUUACAAACCAAAUAUUCCAGCCAGAUGGGAGUUGGAUGCCGGCUACUGCCAAGUUGUCCGCAAAAGUGAGAUGUACUCCACAGGUCCCCGUCUACUAGACAUCAUCGACACGGCAGUCUUUGACUUCCUCAUAGGGAACGGAGACAGACAUCAUUAUGAAGUCUUCCAAAAUAUAAACGAUUCUGCUGUUUUAUUUAUUGACAACGGAAAAAGUUUUGGAAACCCGUACGUGGACCACAUUGAUAUUCUGGCUCCUCUUUACCAAUGUUGCAGGUUGCGUUCUACGACGUGGACCCGUUUACUUUGGCUGCAGAUGAAGACCAUAAGUGAGCCAUUACGCGAGGUGUUGGAGUGGAGUCACAUCGCUCCAGUGCUCUCUGAUGCUCACCUGACUGCGCUCGAUCGCCGAUUGUUAGUCACCAUCGCAGCCGUGCAUUUGUGCUUCACCGAGCGCAACGGUCAACACAAUGUUAUAGUCAAUGACUAGCAGGGUCACUAAGGCUGGUUAGCAAAUUUCAGUCUCAAGAGGAAUCUCAAUUGUUUCCUUUGCAUAAAUGGUUGUAGAGUGAAGUAGAUGUGGGAAGGAUAUUUCAAGAGGUGAAGAAAAUGAUUGGCAGUCUACCUUUAUUUAUAUUUAAAUAUUUAAAUCCUCAAAAUUAGAUUUCUAGUCCUCUAACCACUUCCCUGACACUGUUGGAGUUUUCCUGAAAAAAAUCUAUGAGUGGUGCAACUAUCAUUUGUCAUUCCACUGGGUCGUGAAUAAAUCGUGCUUUCUAACUGGCUGACAAUGGACUAUAACGAGACUAAGAUUUGGAUGUCUUCCUGAAAAUUCCCAUGGCCUAAAAAGACUCCAAAUGAAAACCAAAGAUAUGAUAGACUAAGGUUUUAGAGUAAAGAUUAAAUAGACUGACUUAGAGUGACAUAGUAGAAGUUGGUGAUCAAUCACUAAUAAAAAUAAUGCUCAGUAGAGCCACAGUAUUAAUAUUAGGGCUGUGCUGAUCUCCUUAUGUGAUUUUGUUCACAACCAUUUAGCACACCGUAGAAAGCUCCCAUUUGAUACCUAUCUUGGUGUUGUGCAUUAAUAGUGUCCAAAGAAAGGCACUACUCAUGGGUUGUUUUAUGUGUGUCAUCCGCUGUUUUUCAAUGUAGAAUACAUAUUCCAGAUAGUGGAGAUGUUAAGAAACGUUAAUUGUAAAAAAUUUGGUGCAACGUUUCUCACCUGGUGAUAAAUCCAUGAUUGUCAAGCGAGUAAAAUCAACGUUACUCAAGUAUGAAUUGGGUUGGAUUGUUUUAUGCAGCUCUUACAUUUGUAGCUUUUACAUGUAAAUGUGUUCUUAGAUAUGUGUUUCCAUUUCAUUAAAAACACUCAGUAUCCGAUACCGACUCCUGUAAUCACUCAGGUUUUAUGUUGGUAGCAGAGCAUAGUUUGGCCAAACAGUUUAUUAACAGAAUUUUUGCUUGUAUAUAUCUAACAACCAGUGUGCUUUCUGAAACAAUUUUUCUUUCCCAAUUUUCC